CUCUAUCUCCAGCCACAGCCAUUCUGGAGACCAUGGGAUCUUCCUCCACUCCCAAUGCUGCAUCUCACCCCCUCUGGUAAGUUGGAAAUGGAGGAUACUUUGCACUGGCUGCAUUUUCUCCCUGCCCAGCUAAGUCAGGAUGGAAACAGUAAGACACAGAAUGGUGAUUUCUAGCCAAGGCAUCAAAAAAACUGUCAUCCAGGAAGAAAGUGGACCAUGGAAUCACAGACUCCUCAGACAAUCUUAUUCCACCCCCUACCAUGGGCAAGGACACCUCAUACUAAGUGGUUGCUGUUCUCCCUCAAGUUCUCUCAUUUUACUCAAGGAAGCACUGGGAAUGCUGAGACACCCAGAGCCAUGCACAGACUCAGCCCCAGGCUGCUCCACACGUCCAAAGCCUCCUGCCAAGAUCCCACACAUCCAAAGCCUCCUGCCAAGACCUCCACCAUAUGAGGCAUCCCACAGCCUCCAGCAGUGCCAGGACACCUGCACAGCAGCAGGACCAGUAUGGUGAGGAUUGUCAAUAUUUGCCCACUUUGGGCUCCCCAGAGGAGGGGCCCUGCUGAGGGUGCACGGCCAUAAAAGGUGCGACCAGCAGCACCUUGGGCUCACCAAACCCUGGAGCUGCCACUGCCAGAAUGAAGCUCCUCUCGCUGCUCCUCUUCUUCCUAGGACUGGCCUUUGCCAGCUGCAACCUGGCCCAGUUUGCAAGGAUGAUUGAGCUGAAGACGGGGAAAUCGGCGCUGGCUUACAACGGAUACGGCUGCUACUGCGGCUGGGGCGGCUCCAAACAGCCCCUGGAUGCCACCGACAGGUGCUGUCACGCCCACGACUGCUGCUACAAGAAGUUGGUUGCCUCCGGCUGCAGCCCCAAAACGGUCACCUACAAAUACGCGUUCCAAAGAAACCAAAUAAUCUGCGGAAACGGGAGCUCAUGCCAAAAACGGGCGUGUGCGUGCGACAAGAGGGCGGUGGAGUGCUUCCGGAGGGCAGCCAGCUCCUACCGCAAAUCCUACAGCAACUACCCCAACCACAAGUGCCGGGGCCGGACACCCUCCUGCUGAGCACUCCUGCCGUGCUGCAGCUCCAAACCGGCAGAAACCAUCAGAGCUGGGGGCUCUGCCUUCCCUCUGGCCAGGCAGGACACGGCACAGCCCUGUGGCACUGAAAAAGUGUCCAGCACCUUUCCCUUAGCACAGGGAAAACCUGCUUCCCGUUGUUU